CAGUGAUGUUGUCCCCUCUUUUCUGUUGCAGAAAUAUUCAAGUGUGGCGAAAAUGGGGUGAUCUGGGUUUCUGUUUCUCGCGCCGAUUCGCGAUGGAAAUAAAUUUUCGGAGUGGAGAUUAAAUUUGUUGAGGAAUUAAUCAUGGCAUCCAGACAGACUUUGCCUUAUCGAAUGAAUCCUGAUGAGAUUCAAAAACUCAUCAGUGCAGAAAAGGCUCAGCGACGGAAACGCCGCUUAAUCGAGACGAGAAAUCAAGCUCGUUUGAUGGCAUCUGAAAUCCGUCGAAAGGCAGAUCGUGCAGUCCAUCAUCAUUGCGUUGAAAUUGAAGAUCAGUUUCGCGACGAAUGGAGACGAAAACAUGACGCAGAGAUCCAAAGACUGCAGAGGAUCUACGACGAACGAAUGGCAAAUCUCGGAUCAGCACACGCCGCUGCCAAAGCAGAACCCGAUCCGUGGAUUGAAGACGAAGAGCUGAGGAGAGUUAACGAAACCAAAAGUCGACAAAGAGGAGCAGUUGCUAGUCAAGCCUUGAAGGAAAUUGAAAUCAAUCGGGUUUGGCUGGCAAAUAGGGCAGUCAAACGUCGGCACGAAACUCGUUCAGAAGAAGACAAGAGAGCUAGAAAACUCGUCGUGGAAGCCCGUAGGAAAAGCCGCGAACGUCUCGUGCAGGAAGAUAUUCUCUGGGCCUGUCCCGAAUGGCCGCCUAACAAGGCCCGCCGAGAUUUACUGUCGCAACCGAUCCGGCUGGUUCCUCCGCGCAACGAAAUCGACCCGGUGGAAGUUGCAAAGGCAGAAAAUGCUGCCGAAUCCGAAAGAAUUCUGCGCGAACACGUUCAGGAGUUGCGACGGACCGAAGCCGCAAAUGUGCGCUAUCAGAAAGCGCUGGAACAAGUGCGACUCGCUGAAGAUUACAAGCGGCUCAUGAACACGCUCAAGUCGUUGCAUCGUGAGAAGAUCCGGCUGAAUCAGGCGGAGUUGGACAGAAAAGCCUCCGCUGCUGUUGCUUAUGAAGAACUCGAUGAGACUGAAGAAGCAGGGAUAAUGGAAACGGAAAAAGGGAGCGAAAGAAUGGACGAGGAAAGACUUGCUGAUGAAAAAACGAAGAUGAAAUCCCUCGAUUUCGACGAUUUGAAUCGUCGCUUUGAACGACUGCGCAGUUCUUCUUUGAAGUGUCCAUCUCCGGAAGAAGUAUUUCUCCCGAAAGAACCCGAAGAGAAUAAGAAACCUGAGGAGAGAGAACAUCUCAUUGAAUCGGAUCUCGAUUUGGUUCCACAGCGAGAAAGUGACGGAACCAGUGUAUCUUCUAUGAAAGAAUCGUCAAAAACUUCGAAAUCUUCAGAGUCAUCAUCCACGCCCGUGCAAAGGAGAAAAUCCGUCGGAACUCGGUUCACGUGUUCCACGCCGAAAGACGAUCGUUUCCGAGUCGCGGAAAUCAUCACCGGGGACAAGCUCAACAAAUACAUCACUAGAGCUUUGGAUCAAUUGAACAUCAGCCAAUUGACCUCCUCUCCUUCUUCCUCUUCUACUCCUUCGUCAUCGUCAACAACGACGACGACUGUGGAGAAACGCGGUGUUGAACCGGUGAUAUUGCGGAAGCGAGGCACAAAGCGUCGCGAAGCGGAAAGAGAAGCCGCCUUGCGUCGUUUGCUGAGAUCCACUGGUGGGAAACUGAGUGUUCAAGAAGCUGCUUGGUUUGCUUCCAGGAUUUGUCAGAAAUUCCGUGUGCCGGCGAAGAAAUCUUCUUCUCUUUCUUCUUCUUCCCCUUCUUCUUCGACGACGACGACGUCGAAAGGCUUGUUGAAGACUCAACCUUUUCCUUCGCCACCGCCAUCAUCGUCUCGCGACGAGGUUCUACGCGAAAUCGGCGUUUUGUUGGACGAACUCGGAGGACUUUUGGACGUGAAGACCAGGGAAUUGCUGACGACGAUUUCUUCGAGUGACGACUCUGACUUGUCGACGUUUGUGUCGGAAGAUCUGCUGUCGAAAGUGUUGGAAGACUUUACGCGCGCUGCGAGAGACGCAGCGUUGGCCAAGGAGCAAAACGAGGCGACGAUGAAAGAACUUGUUGGUGAAACAGCGUCUUUCGGGAUUGAAGAACCCACUGGGCUGAUCACGUCGACACCGAAAGUGACCAAGAGUGGGACUUUGAAACGAAGCAAGGAGUCGUCGGAGAGUGGAUUUGGUCCUAGGGCGGCUGUGAGAGCGAUUCCUUUCGACACUAGUGUGUCGACCAUUGCUACCAAAAGUGGAUCCGGUUCUUCUCCUUCGCCGUGA